AUGAUCGAGGAGGAGGAGGACAUCGGCCCUCCGGAUGAAUAUGGGGAUGAAGACUUGUUUGGAUUGCAGGAUUUGCCGAUUCAGUCUCUUCGAGGGGAGGAUUUCAUCCGUGCUGGUGAAUGGGAGGCACUUCUGGCUGAGAUCUAUCGAGAUAUUGCGGGCUCAGAGCGUCCCGGCAGUUUCCGUUGUUCGUGCGCAGGGUCGUUCACAAUGGGCUCUGCUUUCAGUGGCCUGGGCUCAGAUUUCUUCGCCAUGAAGCGUUUGGGCAAACAGUUCAGCUGCUGCUUCUGGGCGGAAUGCAAUCCGUCGUGUCAGACAGUGUUGCACGAGAGCCACCAGGCGCACAUGAGCUUCAGUGAUAUCCGGUCCCCUGAUUUUGCUCUCGCUCCCAGUGUGACCAUCUUUACAGCUGGCUUCCCUUGCCAACCGUAUUCCAAGGCGGGGCCGGGUUUGGGAACAAGCGAUGCACACAAGCGGGGAACUCUCGUCUACUACGUCCUUCGCUAUCUAGCACAUCAGCAUCCCCAUACCUUCGUGCUGGAAAAUGUGCCCGGCCUCCUCCAGCAGCGCCACUCCAGCUUCUUCGAACUGGUCCUACGAGUGCUCACAUCCCUCGUGGAUGCUCGUGGUAAGUAUGACAUUUCGUGGCAGAAGCUGAAUGCUAGUCAACACGGAAUUCCCCAGAACAGAGAUCGCAUCUUCAUAGCCGGUGUCCUCAAAUCCCGGCAGAUGCGACCAGUGCAGUGGCCUGAACAGGUGCCGAUGCCGAACGUGGAUCACUACCUGGAACAGCAUCUCGGGGGGGGUGACAGACCGAACAAGGGCGAGGAAAAGAAGCUGCAAGAGGCCAUGGCAGAGAUUUCCAAGCGUGGUUUGGGGCAUGGACAGCACAUCUUUGUCGACAUCAGUGUCAGCAAGACUAGAAAGCCUAACCUCAAGUUGGGAUGCUGUCCCUGCAUUACCGCCUCUCGCGGGAAAGGCAAGGGAUUCUGGAUCGUGUCCCGCAAGAGAUUCACAACCUUGCGCGAGAAGCUUUGGCUCACUGGUUUGACUGAGGACGAGCUUCCGCUCGACAUUGUGUCUAAGGCAAAGCUCGGCGAAAUGCUGGGAAAUUCCGUUCCGAUUCCACUCAUGGCUGCCGUUUUGUCCGCCGUGCUGGCUGCGAUUUCCUAG